AUGCAGGCACCUUUUCGAAAUGCCGAAAUGGAGCCCAAACAGCAACAACGGAAAGGAGGGCGUAGAGCUGCAUCAUUUGUGUUCGUUAUGGCGGCCCUAGAGACGUUGACAUUCAGUUCGAAUGCUGUGAGCUUGUUCAAUUACUUUCAUGGGUACAUGAACUUCAGCUUGACCAAGUCAGCUAACGCCCUCACAAAUUACAUGGGCACGGCUUUUUUGCUUUCCCUCUUUGGAGGACCCAUUUCAGAUACUUACAUCUCAAGGUUCAAGACCUGUCUUGUCUUCGGAACCAUACAAGCAAUGGGAUACGCUUUGUUAGCCGUACAAGCCCACCUAAAACAGCUCAGACCCUUUCCUUGCAAAGAUGUCCAAACCAACCAAUGUGAAGCGGCCAGCACGAAUCAGGAGGCCAUGCUAUUCACGAGCCUCUAUCUCGUGGCCCUCGGAAAUGGGGGUGUCAAGGCUGCCCUGCCUUCCCUCGGGGCAGACCAAUUCGACUCAAGGGACCCCAAGGAAGCUCCUUGCCUCUCUAGCUACUUCAAUUGGUACUACUUUUUUGUGAACAUAGGGGCCAUUCUCGGGUUGACUUUUAUUGUCUGGAUUAAUACGAACACGGGUUGGGAUUGGGCAUUUGCCGUGUGCGCCAUGGCUAUAGUGAUGGGUGUGCUGGCCCUGAGCAUGGGCCGUUGUUGGUACCGGCAUAAUGUGCCCCAGGGGAGUCCAAUUACUAGAAUUCUGCAGGUGUUUGUUGUGGCAUUUAAGAACAGGAAUAUGCCGUUGCCAGAGAACGAAGAGGAGUUGCAUGAAGUUGGUGAUAAAGAAGCUGAGCACACUGAGAUUCUGCUAAGGACUGAUCAAUUCAGAUUACUUGACCGUGCAGCCAUAUUAAAGCAUGGGGCAGACACAACAACAGCAUGGAACACGUGCACCAUCACGCAAGUCGAGGAGACCAAAAUCCUGGUUCGCAUGAUUCCCCUCAUCCUCACCACCUUCUUCAUGAACAUCUGCCUCGCCCAGCUCCAAACCUUCUCCAUCCAACAAAGCAACACCACAAACCGCAGGAUCGGAAACUUCGAGAUCCCCCCAUCCUCCGUCGGCGUCAUCCCUCUCCUAUUCGUAUUCCUCCUCAUCCCACUAUACGACCGCACGUUUGUCCCACUGGCCAGAAAAAUCACGACAAACCCAAACGGCAUCACGCAGCUCCAGAGAAUUGGGGCCGGCCUUGCACUCUCGGCCUUAUCCAUGGGGGUCGCAGGUCUUGUGGAGGUGCGCAGGAAAGGCCUAGGCCUAGGGCAGCAGCGGAUGACUGUCUUCUGGCUGCUCAUCCAAUACGCAGUUUUCGGGGUGGCCGAAGUGUUUGUGCUCGUGGGGCUCCUGGAUUUCUUCUACACCGAGAGCUCGUCCCGGAUGAAGUCCCUGGGGACGGCCAUCUCCUGGUGCUCCUACGCGUUUGGCUACUACGGGAGCUCGGUUGCCGUGAGCGUGGUCAACAGGGCCAGCGGGGGUUGGCUGGCCAAUGCUGAUUUGAACAAGGAUAGAUUGGAGUACUUCUAUUGGCUUCUCGCGGGGCUCAGCACGCUCAAUCUCGGGGUCUACUUGUUGUGUGCGUCGUGGUACAGGUACAACAAGUUGAAGUUGGAGGUGGUGAGACCAAGGGAUUCGUGUUAA